AUGAGCUACAAGGGAGCUUCACUGAAAGGUUUGGUGGUGGUGGUCCUUCUGGUAUCCAACAUGCUCCUAACAAAGGAAGGAGUGACCUCUUUGCCCAUCUGCCCCAGUGGAUCUGUCAGUUGCCAGGUUUCCCUUGGGGAACUUUUUGACCGAGCAGUUAAACUUUCACACUACAUCCACUUCCUCUCUUCAGAAAUAUUCAAUGAAUUUGAUGAGCGCUAUGCUCAGGGCCGGGGUUUUAUUACAAAAGCUGUUAAUGGCUGCCACACGUCCUCUCUAACCACUCCUGAAGAUAAGGAACAAGCUCAGCAGAUUCAUCAUGAAGAACUGCUGAAUUUAGUACUGGGAGUGCUGCGCUCCUGGAACGAUCCUCUGAUCCAUCUGGCUUCUGAAGUACAAAGAAUCAAAGAAGCUCCAGACACCAUCCUCUGGAAGGCUGUAGAGAUUGAAGAACAAAACAAGCGGCUUCUAGAAGGAAUGGAAAAAAUAGUUGGACGGGUUCAUUCUGGUGAGAUUGGAAAUGAAGUUUAUUCUCAGUGGGAAGGCCUUCCAUCCCUGCAACUUGCUGAUGAGGACUCCAGACUCUUUGCCUUUUACAACCUGCUGCAUUGCCUUCGCCGAGAUUCCCACAAAAUCGACAACUAUCUCAAGCUUCUGAAGUGCCGCCUAAUCCAUGACAGCAAUUGUUAA